CCCCGCCCCUCUAGGAAAUCCGCCCACCUCUCUGCCUAAGCCCCGCCCCCGCCCCACUCCGCCCCACUAGAGUAAGGCCCCGCCUCUAGGUCGAUCUGUUUUCCCCGCCCGGGCACCCGUGGCGACCGCAAAGGCGGUUUCGGUGCUCGAAACUUGACGCGAUGGGGCUUCCCGAGGAGCGUGGCCGGAGCAACAGCGGGAGCAGGGGCCAGGAGGAAGCUGGAGCCGGAGGCCGGGCGCGGAGUUGGUCUCCGCCGCCUGAGGUCAGCCGCUCCGCGCACGUCCCCUCGCUGCAGCGCUACCGCGAGCUGCACCGGCGCUCUGUGGAGGAGCCGAGGGAGUUUUGGGGAAACAUUGCCAAGGAAUUUUACUGGAAGACUCCAUGCCCUGGCCCGUUCCUCCAGUACAACUUUGAUGUGACUAAAGGGAAAAUCUUCAUUGAGUGGAUGAAAGGAGCAACUACCAACAUCUGCUACAAUAUACUGGAUCGAAAUGUCUAUGAGAAAAAACUUGGAGAUAAAGUUGCUUUUUACUGGGAGGGCAAUGAACCAGGGGAGACCACCCAGAUCACAUACCAUGAGCUUCUGGUCCAAGUGUGUCAGUUCAGCAAUGUUCUCCGAAAACAGGGCAUUCAGAAGGGUGACCGAGUGGCCAUUUACAUGCCUAUGAUCCCAGAGCUUGUGGUGGCCAUGCUGGCGUGUGCCCGCCUUGGGGCUUUGCACUCCAUCGUGUUUGCAGGCUUCUCUGCAGAGUCUCUAUGUGAAAGGAUCCUGGAUUCUGGUUGCAGCCUUCUCAUCACUACAGAUGCCUUCUACAGGGGGGAAAAGCUUGUGAACCUGAAGGAGCUGGCUGAUGAAGCCCUGGAGAAGUGUCAGGAGAAGGGUUUCCCAGUGAGAUGCUGCAUUGUGGUCAAGCACCUGGGGCGGGCAGAGCUGGGCAUGGGUGACUCCCCCAGCCAGUCUCCCCCAGUUAAGAGGCCAUGCCCAGAUGUACAGAUCCCAUGGAACCAAGGGGUUGACUUGUGGUGGCAUGAACUCAUGCAAGAGGCAGGGGAUGAGUGUGAGCCCGAGUGGUGUGAUGCCGAGGACCCACUCUUCAUCCUGUACACUAGUGGCUCCACAGGCAAACCCAAGGGUGUGGUUCACACAGCUGGGGGCUACAUGCUCUAUGUGGCCACGACCUUCAAGUAUGUGUUUGACUUCCACGCGGAGGAUGUGUUCUGGUGCACAGCAGACAUUGGCUGGAUCACUGGCCAUUCCUACGUCACCUAUGGGCCACUGGCCAAUGGUGCCACCAGUGUUUUGUUUGAGGGGAUCCCCACGUACCCGGAUGUGAGCCGCCUGUGGAGCAUUGUGGACAAAUACAAGGUGACCAAGUUCUACACAGCACCCACAGCCAUCCGUCUGCUCAUGAAGUAUGGAGAUGAGCCUGUCACCAAGUAUAGCCGGGCAUCUUUGCUGGUACUAGGCACAGUGGGUGAACCCAUCAACCCAGAAGCCUGGCUGUGGUACCACCGGGUGGUAGGUGCCCAGCGCUGCCCCAUCGUGGAUACCUUCUGGCAAACAGAGACAGGUGGCCACAUGCUGACUCCCCUCCCUGGUGCCACACCCAUGAAGCCUGGUUCUGCUACCUUCCCGUUCUUUGGUGUAGCUCCUGCAAUCCUGAAUGAGUCUGGGGAGGAGUUGGAAGGUGAAGCUGAAGGUUAUCUGGUGUUCAAGCAGCCCUGGCCAGGGAUCAUGCGUACAGUCUAUGGGAACCACGAACGCUUUGAGACCACCUACUUUAAGAAGUUCCCUGGGUACUAUGUGACGGGAGAUGGCUGCCGGCGGGACCAGGAUGGCUAUUACUGGAUCACUGGCAGGAUUGAUGACAUGCUCAAUGUAUCUGGACACCUGCUGAGUACAGCAGAGGUGGAAUCAGCACUUGUGGAACAUGAGGCUGUUGCAGAGGCAGCUGUGGUGGGCCACCCUCAUCCUGUGAAGGGAGAAUGCCUCUACUGCUUCGUCACCCUAUGUGAUGGCCACACCUUCAGCCCUACCCUCACCGAGGAGCUCAAGAAGCAGAUUAGAGAAAAGAUUGGCCCCAUUGCCACACCAGACUACAUCCAGAAUGCACCUGGCUUGCCUAAAACCCGCUCAGGAAAAAUCAUGAGGCGAGUGCUUCGGAAGAUUGCUCACAAUGACCAUGACCUGGGGGACACGUCUACAGUGGCAGACCCAUCUGUCAUCAAUCACCUCUUCAGCCACCGCUGCCUGACCACACAGUGAACAAGAUCCUGUCCUUUACCCAGGAUUCCCCCUGCUUGGCUCUCCAAAGUUUUGCCUGUCCUCUCUCCCCUGCCCCAGAAGUGCUGAGGGCCAGGGCUGACCCACAUUACACCUCCCUUGACCAGCUGUCUGGAACUGGAAACCAGGUUUGUCCCUGUAUGGAGACAACUUUCUUCGACUGCCAGUCAGAAGGGACAGGGCCUAGGUCAGCCUCAGACUGCUGUGCCCCUAGACUGCAAAGAGUUCUCACAGCCCAGAACAGGGAUGUAAAGGCUACCUCUCAACCCAAGUUAAGUGUCCAGAGGGUAUGUGAGGGCCUAGACUGAAGCAGGGAGACAGUUGUGUAAUCUUAUGUCGGCUCUCUCAGGAAGCACCAGUACUUACACUGGGCAUGCACUUGCCCUUAGACACGAUGGUUUGAGUUCAGGAACAAUUUAUUAUUUUUAAAAUAUUUUGCUGCUUCUGUUCAGGGUCUGAAUUCCCUUUUGUGUCAGAUGGCAGUAUUGUCUGCCAGGAGCUGUAUGGACAGGUUCAGUCUCUAGAGGGUUUUCAGAUCAUCUUUUUCUUUGAAGGAGUAGAUAUGUUUUUUCCUAGAGCCAGUGGAGCUUGUAUUCCUUGUACUCUGUUCCUACCCUCUCCUGAACAGAGCUCUGCCCAUGAGAGACACUCUCAGAUGAAACUCUUUUCUUGCCCUAGUGAUUCUCAAGCCCUGUGGUUGUAGGAAUAAAGUCUGUGACCUCAAGAA